UCGAUGUAUCGAGUACCGGCGGAAAAAACUGCGAUGGAUAAUCUGCUUAAAAUGCUGUACUGAGGGCCGCUUUGGACGAUAAAACAGUCGGUAAUGUUUCAAUUUCUUGCACUCUAUCACGAUUUGGUUUUAUCGAAAGGCUAACAAGGAUGGCUCACACAUUUCUAAUGCUACAUCUGGUAGCAGUUUUCGUCGGUGUGCAAGUGGUUGGUACGUACACAUCGUACGGAGGUGGAGGAGCGGACAACGGGCACUCAGCGAAGAAAGCCCCGAUGGACUACAGCAGGUACGCGGACGACGUACGCAACAUCGCCAACCAUCAUGAGUCGGACUUUAAUUCGCACAGAUCAAACACAUGCGACGAUAGAUUCGAGCUUAAAAACUCAACAAUCAUUCGCACCAAAGAUUCUAUGUAUUCUGGGGCCCAGUUUGUUGACGACAUGAAAGUGGCUGGUGCAACAGAAUGUCGCAGGCAGUGCUGUAAAAAGGAGGAAAGUUGCGACACCGCCAUCUUUGUUGACGACGAUACAAAAGAUAAAAACUGUUUCUUGUUUAAGUGCCGCAUUGAUGAUUCGAUAAAGUGUAAAUUUGCCAAUCACGUGGGAUAUGUAAGUGCCAUGGUUGGAGGGUUUGAAGUAGUUCCAAGGAGUCGAAUAGAAACUGAAUCUGAUCGUGGAGAUGAUGAUAAUGAUAAACAGCGCAAUGAAGAAGAAGGUGAUGUGAAGACAGGAUUUGAUGUCAAGCAAGAAACCGCAGCUACACCAGAGGAUGAUGAUGUUUCUAACCAAGAUGAAGAAGCAGUUGUGGAUGAUGAUGGUUGUGGAGAUGGCAAGAUCCAGUGUGCCAAUGGUGACUGUAUCAUAUCUCGCUACGUCUGUAACGAUGUUGAGGAUUGCACGGAUGGAUCCGAUGAAAUGGGAUGCAAAUAUGACACCAAUACUCCCUCUUCCUCAUCUCACUCUUCCCAUGCCACUAACCAUCCUAAAAUAGGUCCCAACCCGGCCACCAAUCAAGGCCAGCAGGAGGAGACUAAAGCCCCCAAGAAGAUGCGCCUAGAUGACAUCAGGAGUGAGCUAGCUAGUGAGCUCCAUGAACAGAGCAGUCCCGAUGACGGACAGAGAGAUGCUCAUGAUGACGAUAAGAUUCAGGAUGCUGACAGGAAACAGGAGUCCGAUAAGAACAAGAGCGAUAGAGCGGAUGAGGACCUUCAGAGUCUUCAAGACGGAGAUGAAGUUGAUGAACGGAAUGGAGAGAAUUAUGACGAUGGUGAUACUGGCACUGCGAAGGAUACUGACGAAGCUAAAGCUAGUAAGGCUAAAGUUCCGGAUUCAGACUAUGUGGAACCCAACUCAAGAGAACACCAGGAAGGGGAUCAACCAGACACCUCAGAUGAACUUGCUGACUGGAAGCCAAAUUUACACCACCCUUCAGACGAUGACGAGGAUUUAAAAGAACAAGCCCAGGGCAAUGAUGACUUCAGGUCAUUGAAGACACACAGUAAGCAAGAUGAAAGACUUGAUGAUAAAGAGCAUCCCAAGAUGUCUGAUCGUAGCGAUGAUCAGAUUGAGCCGGACCGAGAACAGAGAGGCAGACAGCAGAGUAACAAAGAGAGCAAGGGAUACACAUAUCCUGAUGAUGAUGCAAAGUACCACAGCCAAUCUGCCAGAGUUGACUCCAAACAUCGACCAGUUCUUCCAAAUGACGAAAGAGAUGAUCCAAAUUAUACUCGGCAACAGAUACGCCAUACAAAUCCCAUUGGGCCCGACAUCACUAAAGAAAAAGGAACUCCUGACCGUCUUAACUACUACCCCGAUAGCGACAGCCGAGAAAAUCUCUAUCCCUAUGAUAAUUAUGACACAAACUUCAACGGCAAGCCGUAUCCGGACACACCCGACUAUAACUAUCGCGACACCAUGUUUGAAGAUGUACGUGCAGGCGAUCCUGGACGUGACAGGUACGAUAACAGAAACCCGCUAUACCAAGACCUUCAGGAUGAUAGGUUUGACCCUGACCAAGAGAACUAUAUCAACUAUCAUAGGCGCGAUCGACUCAACAACAACUACAACUACCCAGUGGAGGAUCCGCCUCCCGAGGAUAGGAGGCUACGUGACAGACCUCCCCUGUAUGAUCACCUGCCGGUAGAAGAUGACUGGAACCGAAGAGAAGAUGAGGGUGAUAGUGGCAUGGGAGAUGGAGACAGGGGACAGGGUAGGCAACGAGGUAAUAGUAGACCCUAUCAGGGCAGGAUCAAGCCUGAUGACGCUACCUCUAGUCAGCAGAACAGGGCUGGUGGUUCUUGGAAACACUGGAAUAACUACAACCAUCCGGACAGUACAUACCCCGACGAUGAUGACCGAGAUCGAUCUGAUGAAGGGGUGAAUAGAGAGAGUGAGGUUGACGAAGCUGUCAAUCAAGAUGAUGUUGACGAUAGUAAUAAAGGCAACGAUGCAAGACAAGACAAGAGACCUGAGGACAGUGUCUUACCCACUGAGAUGGAUAACCAGCUUAGCGACAUCGAUGACUCUCAAGAUGUCCUACCACAAUCUUCCCCCGAGCCAGCAGUUGAGCCUGUUCAAGAAGUCUCUUCUAAUCUUGUGGACCCAGAGGGGGAAGAAGGUCAUCCGUCGAGUGUCGCCGUGCCCACGGUGGUAAACGUGCCCAAGGUGGUAAGCGGCAAGACUGAAGAAGGCACAUCCAAGGUUGAUGAUCUCGGAGACCAAACCCUUGGGAAGGUGACCCCUCAUGGCAUUCAGCCGGCCACAAGCGCCAUCCUACCCCUCGCUGUCGGCUUGAUCAUCACCUUGUUCUUAUUGAUGAUGCUGAGCUGUCGUUUACGGUAUAUGAAUCGUCGAUUGCGGUAUGGACGACUGAAGACGCACGCCCAUGAUGCUGACUAUCUCAUAAAUGGCAUGUAUCUGUAAAAUGGAUUGCUUCAUUAAUAACUUGGAGCAAAUUAAAAUAAAUACCUGGGGUGGAUUUAACAAAGAGUUAAGAUUAGUCUUUUAGGACUAGUUUUAAGUUUUUAAAUAUCUGCUAGGACUAGUCCUAACUCUUUGUAAAAUCGAACCCUAGUCCCUAUUUCCAAGAGUUGCUUAAUCAUAAAAUAUUGCUUAACAAUUGUCUGCUAACAAAAAAUGAGCAGGUUACCCAUCACAAAUUGUACUUGUGACAUGGUAGUUUGGCUGGUAACUUUAUUCUGGUAAGCAUAAUUUGUUGUUGUGCUUUGCUAUACUAUUGUGCUUUUUGUGCUUAAGCAGCUCUAUUUGUCCUAUAAAAAAUGUCAGGAAAACACACUUGAAAUUGAAAAAUAUUUUGGCUUAGGACAUUUGUUGGUUUAUAAGCAAGAAGCAUGGUUAAACUACACUUUAAGUCAAUAAAAAUGUUAUCACCUUGGUAUGAAAUAUAAGAACAACUUUUGGAAAAUGGUAUGAAACUAUACACCUGGUACACUGAACUUACCAGUGAAGCUGGAUAUACAUGAAUGUAAAUAUUACGUAUCAAAAAAAAUUAUAUUGAGUGACUGUAAUAUACAACUUAGACUUAGCAUUGAACUGAAAAUGGUUAUCAAUGUAUGAAAUAAAGAAAGGUUUGCGGUAACACCAUGACUAUCUCUAAUGAGUGGGGGUGGUUCUGAAAAGAACGGUUGGUUUC